AUGGUUGUUGCGUUUUGCUCUCGUCUUGGCUGGACGUAUCUAUGCGACCUACUGAAGGGUUUCGCCUCACGGCUCGCAUUUGGCGUACGAAGAGAACUCACAGAACUCGUUUCUAUCGCAGGAAUCGAUGCCAGUCGAGCUAGAGUUUUCCACGAGCACGGUAUCACAUCGAUGGUAGAGCUGUCCAAUUGUACCGUGAAAAAAAUUUCCGAUGUCCUAUCGCUAGCCGUUCCAUUCAAUAGCAGCAACUCAUCAGACGGCUUAAAUGAAUGGUUAUUUGGUGAGCCACGUAUACGUCUGGAAGAAGCCGCAGUUCUUCUCAAGGAACGUGCUUUCGAAGCAGUCAAGGACCAUCUUCGGUCUCUUGGACUGAGCGUAGAUCAGAUAAAGGUGCCCUCUUCAAGUGAUAUGCCGCCUGAAGUCCCAUCUGCUGGAAAAGACGCCGCUGAUUCAGAGCCAGUUGCCGAUCUCAAGGAUUCUGGAUACUCAGAAGAGCUUCCUUGUCCUUCCUCGUUAACUGUAAACGCGUGUAACGGUUCUGCUCCAACUGAUCAUUCGUUUGCCACAGACGAACAUGUGGGUGACAACUGUGAAACAGAGCAGCUUCACUCUAGCACCAUUGACGAGGAGAGCAUUGAUUUGUUCAGCGAAAGUAUGGAAGAGGUUGGUGGCGACAUUCUACUGAGUGACAUUGGUCUCAAACAAUUCUUUAAAAAUAUGUUCGGAGAGAGCUGA